GCGCUGUGCAGAUAUGCUGGGGACCGUGACCGUCGUCACAGUUGGGCAGAGAGACUCUGAAGAUGUGAGUGAAAGAGACGCCAGUAAAGAGAUGGCUGCUAACUCAGAGGUGGUUCAUGACAUCACAAGUGACGAGCAGGAGAUGCCUGAAAUAACUGAGCAGGUUCCUUCUUCAGAAAGCAAUUUAGAAGAGUUAACACAACCUACUGAGUCCCAGGCUAAUGAUAUCGGGUUUAAGAAGGUGUUUAAGUUUGUGGGCCUUAAAUUCACUGUGAAAAAGGAUAAGAGUGAGAAGUCUGACACUGUCCAACUGCUCACUGUCAAGAAAGAUGAAGGCGAGGGAGCAGCUGGGGCAGGCGACCAUCCAGAGCCAAGCUGGGAGGCAGGGGAGACUGCUGCCAAAGAAAGUGAGUUCCAGCAGUCCACAGAGAAACCCCAGGGGGCCCUCAAGCAAGAGCAAACCCACACAGAAAUUUCUCUUCAAGCUCAAUUUGGGCAAGCAGCAGUGGAAGGCAAGGAUGAAGGAGAAGUCAAAGAGAAAAAGGAAAAAGAGUCCAGCAAGUCCCCAGAGUCCCCAACUAGUCCAGUGACCAGCGAAACAACAUCUUCCUUCAAGAAAUUCUUCAUUCAAGGUUGGGCCGGCUGGCGGAAGAAGACCAGUUUCAAGAAGCCAAAGGAGGAGGAACUGGAAGCCUCAGAGAAGAAAAAGGGACCAGAGCCAGAAAAGGCAGACACAGAGGACAAAGAAAAGGUAGAAGCCAGCUCUGAGAAACCUACCGCUCCUGAACAGCCACUCUCAGUGGAGGUAAUGAAAGGUGCUCAGGAGGCCAGACUAUCAGCCGAGUAUGAGAAAGUAGAGCUGCCCUUGGAAGACCAAGGCAAUGGCUUGCAGGCAUCUCUUGCAGAGAAACUCGCGCCGUUGGCAACAGAAGUCUUUGAUGAAAAAGUAGAAGUCCAGCAAGAAGUUAUUGCAGAUGUGCACAUCAGCACUGAGGAGCACACGGAGGAGCAGGAGGCCGAGGUGGAGGAGACAGUAGAGUCUUUGCCUCCAGUAGAAAUAGAUGCUGAACCUCAGGAAGCUGAAGCUGCCAAGGAGCCAGUAAAGGCUGAAGAAGUUUGUGCCCCUGGAGAGGACCACUCCCAGGAGCCUGAACCAAGCUGUGAUGAAAAAGUGUUGCCCAGACAUCCAGAAGGCCUUAUAAGUGAGGUGGAGAUGUUGUCCUCCCAGGAGGGGACUAAGGCGAGUGAGGUGGAGAUGCUGUCCUCCCAGGAGGGGGCUAAGGUGAGCGAGGUGGAGAUGCUGUCCUCCCAGGAGGGGGCUAAGGUGAGCGAAGUGGAGAUGCUGUCCUCCCAGGAGAGGACUAAGGUGCAGGGAAGUCCACUGAAGAAACUUUUUACCAGCACUGGCUUAAAAAAACUUUCUGGAAAGAAGCAGAAAGGGAAAAGAGGAGGAGGAGGAGAUGAAGAGUCUGGGGAGCAGAGUCACAUUCCAGCAGAUUCUCCAGAUAGUAACGAUGAGCAAAAGGGCGAGAGCUCUGCAUCCUCCCCUGAGGAGCCUGAGGAGAUCACCUGCCUGGAGAAGGGGAUAGCAGACACGCCUCCUGAGGUAGAAGUUGAAGAAGGACCCACUUCUGAUGGUGAAAAGAAAAGAGAGGGCGUUACUCCCUGGGCGUCUUUCAAAAAGAUGGUGACACCCAAGAAACGUGUCAGAAGGCCUUCCGAAAGUGAUAAAGAAGAUGAGCUGGACAAGGUGAAAAGUGCCACCCUGUCCUCCACAGAGAGCGCAGCCUCUGAGAUUCAAGAAGAAGUCAAAGGAAGUGCAGAAGAGCAAAAGCCAGAAGAACCGAAGCGCAAGGUGGAUACUUCAGUGUCUUGGGAAGCUUUGAUCUGUGUGGGAUCAUCCAAGAAAAGGGCAAGAAAAGCAUCAUCUUCUGAUGAGGAGGGAGCCCCAAGGACAUUGGGAGGAGACAGCCAAAGAGCAGAUGAGGCUGGAAAAGACAAAGAACCAGGAACCGAGGCCAUGCUGGCUAGUUCCCAAGAACAUGACCCAGGGCGAGGAAGCUCCUCACCCGAGCAAGCUGGAAGCCCUUCUGAAGGGGAGGGCGUCUCCACUUGGGAGUCAUUUAAAAGAUUGGUCACUGCAAGAAAAAAGUCCAAGUCAAAACUGGAAGAGAAAAAUGAAGACUCAUUGACUGGGUCUGGAAUAGAACAUUCGGCUUCAGAUGUUGAACCUGGGAAAGAGGAAUCGUGGGUCUCAAUCAAGAAGUUUAUGCCUGGACGAAGGAAAAAAAGGCCAGAUGGGAAACAAGAACCAGGCGUUAUUGAAGAUACAGGGACAACAGAGGUCAAUGAAGACGAUGCUGACGUUCCAGCUGUGGUCCCUCUGUCUGAAUAUGAUGCGGUAGAAAUGGAGAAAAUGGAAGCACAGCAAGCCCAAAAAAGUGCGGAUAAGCCUGAGCAGAUGGCCAAUGUUGAUGUAUCUGAGGAGCUCAGUAAGAGGUUGGUUCACACAGUGGCUGCGGCUGUCCUUGAUGGAACCAGGGCAGGUACCAAUGUUGAAGAGAGGUCUCCUUCUUGGAUAUCUGCUUCCGUGACCGAACCUGUUGAACAAACAGAAGAAGGUGAAGCCACACCAUUAACUGGGGAGGUGUUUGGAAGAGAAGUGAUUGCUGAAGAAAUCCCCAUGGUUUCCACACCUGUGCCAGAGAACAGAGAUGCCUGUGACAACUUGUUCAUCAGUGAGGUGCAAGUAACUUCUGAAGCUGUGACAGCUGCAGAAACAACAGAGGCAUUUUGUGCUGAAGAAGCAGCCGAAAGAUCGGGUGCUGAAGAGACCACAGAAAUGGUGUCAGCAGUUUCCCAGUUAACCGACUCUCCGGAUACCACAGAGGAAGUGACACCAGUUCAGGAGGUAGAAGGUGGUGUGCCAGGCGUAGACGAGCAAGAGAGGCGGACUCAAGAGGUUCUACAGGCGGUUGCAGAAAAAGUGAAAGAGGAAUCCCAGCUGCAUGGCACCAUUGGGCCAGAAGACACAAUUCAGACCAUGCAGAAAGUAGAAUCAGAACUACCAGAGAAGCUGGAAGAAGCAGAGGAAGAUUCUAAAGCAUUAGGCCUAGAGACAGAGAUGGAUGUAGUGUUGAAAGUGCAUACACAACAGACUAAACCUGAGCAUUUUACACAAGGGGAGGAGGUACAGGCCACCCCAGAAAGCUUAGAAGAAGCUCUUCAAUUCACAGAGAGUGUAGAGUCCAGUGAACUUAUAACCACUGGUCAAGCUGAAACCUUAGCUGGGGUAAAAUCACAGGAGAUUAUAGUAGAACAAGCUAUCCCCCCUGACUCAGUUGAAACCCCGACAGGCAGUGAGACCAGUGGAAGUGCCCCAGUAGCAGAUCUGGAAGCUCUAGAUACAGCACAGCAAGAUGAGAUUGUGGAAACCCAGGAAGAUGAAGAGGUUGCAUCCAGAACCCAACCAGGGGUCCCAGAAGCAGAGUCCGUUCCUGCACAGAAAGAGAGGCUUCUAGCACCUUCUGAUCUUCAAUCCCAGGAAGAAAAGAAAGAGCAAACAAAAGUGGAAGAUGUUCCAGAACAUACAGAUGAAGAGGUAUCCAUGGAAACUGAACCCAUUUUGAAGACUGAAGUGAUGCAACAGGCUGGCCAGUGUGUUGAUGAAGAAACCAGAGACACACCAUUUGUCAGAGGACUUGAAGUGUCUGUAGACAGAGAUGUGAUGGUCAGUCAGGAAAAGGUCACUGAAGUUGCUCUUAAAGAUGAAGUGCUGAAAGAAGCUGAAUGUGAAAAGAAUGGCACUGUUGAACUCCAGAGUCCUACCAAGUCUCUGCCCUCCCCAGUGGAGACAGAGAUGGUAGUUGAGGUAGAAAGGGAAUCUCUCCCAACCCCGGUGGAGAGAGAGAUGGUAGUUGAGGUAGAAAGGGAAUCUCUCCCAACCCCGGUGGAGAGAGAGAUGGUAGUUGAGGUAGAAAGGGAAUCUCUCCCAACCCCGGUGGAGAGAGAGAUGGUAGUUCAGGUAGAAAGAGAGUCUCUCUCAUCUCCAGUGGAGAGAGAGAUGGUAGAAAGGGAGUCUCUCCCAUCCCCAGUGGAGAGAGAGAUGGUAGUUGAGGUAGAAAGGGAAUCUCUCCCAACCCCAGUGGAGAGAGAGAUGGUAGAUGAGGUAGAAAGGGAAUCUCUCCCAACCCCAAUGGAGAGGGAGAUGGUAGUUCAGGUUAAAGAGGAUGAAGUUAAAGCAGAAACAGCCCAAGUGAGCGAAGAGAAACUUGAGCAAAAAACAGCUGUUAGCAUAUCUGAAGAACCCAGUGUAUCUGAAGUGGUCAGCGUGCAACUGGUUCAGACCUUUGAUGUGACUGUCAUGGAUGGGGAGAAGGAAGUUAGCCAUGUGGAAGGAAGCCCUGUUCCUUGCCUAGGUGAAGAGGAGGCAAUAUGCACAGAAGUUCAAGGUCAGAGCUCUGAGGCAUCAUUAACUCUAUCCGCUGCAAUGGUGGAGGAGAAAGUUUUAGGAGAAGCUGUCAAAAUUUUAGAGAUGGCUGAAACUUUGGAGUCUGCAGGUGCACAUUUAGUACUGGAAGAGAAACCCACUGAAAAAGAUGAAGACUUCACAGCUCUGCCAGGAGGAGAAGCUGAGCCUACAGGGCCCGGGUCUCAGGCAGAAUCAAUAACAGAAAUAACAUCUGCCACUAGUGAAAAAAGCUUAUGUUCUGACCUGGAAGGAGAGAAAACCACAUCACUGAAACGGAAGUCAGAUGAAGUCAGUGAGCAGGAUGAAUACCAGGAAGUCAGAGUGAGUGUAGCAAGGCAGGAAGAUUUAAAGGCUGGUGAUGAGGUUUUGGAACUUGAGACUGAGAGCAGUAAACUCGUCAGAAACGUAAUUCAGACUGCCGUUGACCAGUUUGUACAUACAGAAGAGACAGCCAUCGAAGCAUUGACAUCUGAUUUGCAGACGCAGGCUCACCUGGUGAAAGCCGAGAGCCAGGGAGCUGGACAGAAAACAGAGAAAGAAGAGAGUGAAUGGAAGGCUCCUGCACAGGAUGAAACCCAAACUAGUGCUGUCAAAGAGGAGGCAGAGCUGAGUGCCGGGAGACCAGUGCAUUCUGAUGUUUCCAGAGAUGUGAGCGACACUUCAGAAAAGACCACUGAAGUAGAGAGCUCCAGUGUAAAUGACCAGCAGCUUGAAGAAAUACUUCUCCCAUCCGAGAAAGCAGGAGAUGGAACUGGAACACAGUCUAUGCCAGAAGAUGAUGGUGGUGCUGUGUUAGAAGAAGGAAUAGAGAAGUCACAGUUUGAAUCCAAAGAAGAUGAAAAAGGUGAAGCUGUUGAUUACCAUGAGAGCCCAAGCUCAGCCCUGGCAGAUACUUACACCUCAGGAGACUUAACCAAAGAGUCCUCAGAUACAAAUGGACUGACACGAAAAGAGGAGGAUGCCCAGGAAGCAGAAUUACAGGAAGGAAAAGUGCUCAGUGAGUCAGAUAAAGAGAUCAAAACCCAAACACAGGAGGAGACAGAGAAACAAGAGAGGGAAUCAGCAAAGCCAGAACUUCAAGAAUCUUAAAACAUCAUUUAAAUUCACUGUCAUUUUGCAAGACCGGAAUGUGAAGACAAGUAGUAGAAGAACAUGAAGACCGCUGCUGAGACUCGAAACCAAUAUUUCAGAACUUGGUGGACCGGAGGGCAGGCACACGAACUGAUCUCGUUUCUAGAGAGCCCCUGACAAUCCUGAGGUUUUCUCAGGAGCUAUAGCCGUAUACCAUUGCCUCUUUUCAAGACCACCCUAUUAUUUUCCCUUGAUAACCAUAUAAUGUUUCUGAUUUAAGGUUCUAAAUUCUUACCCUGGAACUGGAGUUGGCAAUACCUAGUUCUGCUUCGCAAACUGGAGUAUCAUUCUGUAUGUAUUUAUAUGUAUGUUUUAAGUAAUCCCCCUUCUGUAUCUAUUGUAUAUUUUUUUCCUGAUGUUUAAGGAGAUGUGCAGGAUAGUACAUGCCUCUUGUAUGUCCCAAUACAUGAGGACAGGGCAUGCAGCCCUGGUGAAGCUUGGGGAGCUUUAAGCCUCAUUCAACCUGAGAAAAAUAGAAAGCUCCUAGAAAUAACAUUCCUGAUCAGAAGGUACAAUCCUUAUUUUAAAAUUCACUAAUGAUUAGGUCCAUGUUGAAAAGCGCUCUGAAAUUGGUCACUUUCCUAUUAUGCACAGUGUACUAAAAAUAAAAAAGCAUUUUAAACAUACAGAAUGUUCCACUGUCACUAUGAAACUUUUCCUUCUAUCCCAGGGAACGUUGGAAAGAAUCUCCAGUAGCAGAUUAACUUUUAAGUCUUUUCUCCUACUUUUCAGUGGUUUAGUCCGAUGGAUGUGUUUAAUACUGAGGUAAAGUAGUGAAAUGUUUUUCAUGUUACAAAGAAAAAAACGGACUGUUGUUAAGUUUUUGAUUCUCCUCUUUUAUGCUGGACCACAUUUACAGCACAAAAUAAGUCAGGUUCUUACAAAUGGUAUUUUGAUAGAUUCUGAAUUGUGUCUGUGCCAUAUUUGUGCCCAUUCUUUUAAGAACAGUGUUGCAUUAUGUUUAUUUGGAUAAAUUGUGAUUUGAUGACAAA